UCAGAAAUUGUAUAAUUAAAAAAAAAUGAUACGAGUUUCUGGGCCUCUGUACUUCUCAUUUUUAAUGUAGUAGAACUAUUGGAUUUAAUCAAUGAUUGCAUAAAUAGUACAAAUGUAUUGUGAAUUAGUAGGCUAUAUAAUUGAUCUACAACAGAAAGCUGAUUGGCAUAGAUUUUUAUGAUAUACCGGUAAUAUUUAUAUAAUAUAAAACUGUGUUGCUUAUUCUAACACCAUAAUAGUCCACCACACGAUAUAGAAGUAUACUAUGCAUCCAAUCUAGUUCAUCCACUUUCCAACUUGUUGAUGUUGUAGUUCUAGCUCCAGACAUGUAAACUAAUCCAAACUACUCGCUUAUGAAAGAGUUCUGACAUUUUCUCCUGUAGUUCUGCACGAAAAAAUAUUGUUUUGUUUUUAGAAAUAAAAUGUGUCUCAAUUCAGACUGUGGCAUUGGAGUCAAUGUUUCAUCAGGUUUGAAUCAUCUGUUUUCUGGAUACACAAGUGCAGCCUGAAAGGUUAAAGCUUAUUCACUGUGCCAUGAGUCUCAAAGGACUAAUUCAAGACCUAGAGGAUAUAAUCUCUAAACAAAAAGUUCUUGAAGAUUUAAAAGAGAAGUUGCAAGUUUUACUGGAUGACAUUAACCAAGUCACUAAAAGAUGUACAUCAUGGAUUGAAAAGACAGACAAUAUCACAUACCUAGAACUCAAAGAAUAUUUAACACAUAAAAUUUCUGAAUAUGUGCAGCAAUGUUUUACCAUAGCUCUUGAAAACAAGAAUGAAAAUACUGAGCCUGAAAUAAGAAAAGUUCACAUUAAAGAAGAUUAUGAACUACAAUCUCCAGUGACAUUUAGCUCUAGUUGUGAAGAUGAAAAACAUAAAAUAUUGGAAAAGGAAAUAAAAAACUUGCAGAGAGCCUUAAAAUCUUUGGACACUAAUAAUAAAAAGUUAACUAAAGAAAGGCAAGAAACAAGCACACACUUGAAUCAAAAGCGUCAAUUAGUUAGGGAGUUUAUGUCCACCCUUGAAACUAAGAUUGAUACUCUGACUCAAGAAACGCAAAACAGCAUUCAGAGUCAAGAGGAAAAGAUGGAAGAGUUCUCUGAUAAAAUAGAGAAAUGUUUUGAAGAAAUCAAUCUGUUAGCUAAACAGUCAGAUGACGAUUUAGAUGCAACAGAAAUACAAAACGAUGUUGAUGAAUGCGAUGUUGAUGAAUUCGAUGUUGAUGAAUUAGAAGAAUCAAAUGAGUAUUUGGAAGAUCAUAGUCACAAAAUAGACUACAUCUUUGAUAACAUAGAUAAGCCACUCACAAAAUACCCAGGCGUUGCCCUACCUCCAUUUGUGAUGACUGUACCCAUGAACCACUAUAAUUGUCUACUGUGUGGUGGUGAAACCUAUGAGUGUUGGUUUAUUAAACGACUUAAAGAGAUAUGUAAAGAUUGCUGGAGGAAAGAACUUGAAAUCUAAGCCACAACCUAAAAAAAAGUAACAAAUUAUGUGCUGGAUAUUGUAAAGUCAAGCAAGGGGAAGUGAAAAGCAGAGAUUUGUCUAGUCAUCACUGCAAAAUUAAAUAUCAAUAUCACACUACAGUGGAUCCCUGGACACAUUGGCAUCAUGGGAAAUGAAAAGGCAGAUAAGCUAUCAAAGGCAGGUUCAUCUAUGGAACAACCAGAUAGACCUGUUAACUACCUCACCCUAGGGUCAAUUUUUAGUCAACAAUCACAAAGAGGAGUGGCUCAACCAAUGGGCAUCAGGAAACACAGGCAGAGACAUGUAAAAAGAAAUGACUACGCCUAACAAACUGGACAGUAUUAACUUCCUCCCCUGCAAAGAACAAUCUACAAUUUUCCAACUACGAACAGGACACACACCACUAUUAAAUUACCACCUGAACAAAAUAAACUCCACACAACUCCCCCUUUGUGCCCACCCUUUUGAAACCGUAAACCAUAUCCUCUUUGAAUGCCCCUCCCAAAUCCACCUUAGACAGACCCUACUUCCACUACAGCCCAACAUAACCAACACCCUGUACGGCAGUGCUGAACAACUGAAGAAAACAGCACACUUUUUUUCCUUGGCACAGUCUGCUAAAGAGCUCACAGCUCAGCAGCAAUAAAGCUGGCUAGAAGAAGAAGUCUAGUCAUCACUGCAAAAAGUUAAAAUAUGAUUAUACAUGGCUAUGACUAACUCGGUGGUUAUUGACCAUUAGUCUUUGACUGUGGACAGCAUUGAACUUACUCAUGGAAGAAUUGAGAUUGUUGCUGAGGUGUGUUGAUAAAUUUCACUGGAAGAUCCACAGACCUGUUUAUUAUUGUUGUUUUUUUCUUUUUUGGAUAUUACACAUUUACUUAAAAAAAUUACAUUGUUUUAUAAAUAUAACCCUACAAUUUUUGACUUGGAGAAAUACAGUUCUUUAGCAUUUGAUCUGUUUACCAGAAAUCUAUUCUAUUAGCUCAGGCUAGAACCAGAUUUUAGAUUAAAACAAAUAAUAUUUUCUAAUUGUGUUUUGAUGAAAUUACAUUGCAACAAAUUGAGAUCAGAUACAGAGAUCAAUUUUGAUAUAACAAUAUUUUUAAUUUGAUGUGAAAGCAAGAAGUUUUAUGAUCAUGAAUCAAUCUAAACUAACUGGGGUACACAAUGUCACUGCGGUUGUUUUGGUGCUGAAUGUUUUGGAUGCAUUAUAAUUUUUUAUAUUAUUUUGUCUUUACAAAUGAAUGAUGCCCACAUAGUUUUUUGUGUUUGUGUUUAAACAUAUUUGUUUGGCGGAAACAAGUUUUUGUCCAAUAAAUUUUGGAUAUAGAGUUUUAUAUAAUUAUUAUAAUGUCAUCAAGAUCAUACUAUUGUAUGUGUAAAAUAUUGUCCGUGAGGCUUAUAUUUUGAGCAUGUUAAUGUAAUUAAGUUUGUCAUCAUUGUCAUUUGCAUUAGAGGCUCUAGCAAAAAUUUAAAAUACACAAACAUUUCAAUGAUAAACUUAUUCAUUUACUCUACCAAUAGGUCUUAUUAUUUAAAUCAACAUUCCCCUACAUUAUUAGAACCCCCACAAACACACUUUUAAAAAAAAUGGUUUAAUGCUAAGUGAAAUAUCAAUAAUAACACAUUAAACUUAAAGUUAAAAAUAAUAGACAAAAACUCCUUCCCUGCAACUAACAUGAUUGAACACAAGCACACAUACAUAUGUUAUGUAUGUAGCAUCCUUCGUGAGGCAUAUUUUUUUUUAUGUAAUUAAAACAUUUAGUGCCAAAACGACUUUGCCAAAACUGAUACACUUUCUACAUAUCCAUUCUACAAUAAGCAUUAUUUUAUGAUAGGAAAUUAAGAAAUACUUGAAAUGAGUUGUCAACUAUUUUGGACACUUGUUGAUGGAAUAAACCUAAUAUGAUUUCUAUCCUUGUUAUGAUAUUUUUAAUAUGGUCAAAGCAUUGCAAUGUUAAAGUUGUUCUUGACCGUUUAUUAUUACUAAGGCAUUUUAAUGGACUUUUGUAAUGAUAUAAAGACUAAAAUGUAUAAAUGUGCAAUGUUAUUAUUCUAAUGACUGAUGCAUUUUUUUUCCCCUCUAAGAAGCUCUUAAGUAUUGUAACCUGUACUACUGUUCAGUGGUGUUAAGUAAAAAGUU